AUGAAUCCUUUGAAGGUCUUGUUCAUCGUUGUGGCCAUCUCGGUGGUCUUAUGUCCAACACUACUCCAAUCUCGACAAAUAAAAUGUGAUCGGUUGGGUGAGAACUGCAUCAAGGAUGGAGCAGAAGAGACCAUGAAGAUGAGGUCAGCUUUGGAUGUGAGCCGUAGGAUUCUCAAAGCCACACGAUAUAUAAACUAUGAUGCAUUGAAGCACGACGUACCAGCUAAACAACAUGGUCAACAGGACCGGCCAGAUAACAAAUACCGGCGAGGUUGUACUCUGGCUACCGGAUGUUUACGGCUUACAAAUUAA